CUGAAAACUCUACAAUCAAAAAACACUAUCGAGGUCACAAGAUGUCACUGUGGCUCAACUUAAUUCCGCAGCUCCACAGGCCGGGUGUGGACGAACUCAGCAUGAGCCAUCAUCAUUUUCAAGAAGAAGAGCCUCAGUACUAUGACGGGACGGUGCGGCGAUACCUGAUGCAGCGCCCGUCGUUCUACACGCCCCCAACGACGACAACGACGCCGACGCCCAAGGCGGAGCCACCCACGUCAGCGGGGGCGGCGAAGGCCCCUCUGCCGGCGCCGACGACGACCCCCGCGGAGUGCACGAACCUGACGGCGCUGGGCCCGGCGGCGGACGCGGUGAGGCCCACCUCCGGGGACCGGGAGAGGGAGCGGGCCCACGGGAACAACCUGCUC